AUGGCGAACAUGAUCCAGCCACAGAUUCCGAAGCUGAUGAAGACCAAUUACGACAACUGGAGUAUCCAGAUGAAAGUCUUGCUCGGCUCGCAAGACUUGUGGGAUCUCGUAGAGAAUGGCUACACUGAACCGGAGUCACCUGCAGCAGAAGCAACUCUCACCGCCACUCAGAAGAGUGAGUUGAAGGAGGUCAGAAAAAGAGACAAAAAAGCUUUGUUCCUAAUAUUCCAAGGCGUAGAUGAAUCUGCGUUUGAGAAGAUUUCCAAUGCCCUGUCCUCUAAAGAAGCAUGGGAGAUUUUACAAAAAUCCUAUCAAGGUGCGGAAAGAGCCAAAAAGGUACGCCUCCAAGCAUUAAGAGUUGAAUUUGAAAAUUUGAAGAUGAAAGCUACAGAAUCAAUAUCGGAUUAUUUUAGUAGAGUUCAGACAAUAACAAAUCAAAUGAAGAGAAAUGGAGAAGCAAUUAAUGAUGUAAGAAUUAUGGAGAAGAUACUUAGGACUUUAGACUCUAAAUUCAAAUAUAUUAUUCCGGCAAUACAAGAGUCUAAAGAUCUUUCCGAAGUAUCUAUUGAUGAGCUGCAAGGUUCUCUGCAAGCUUAUGAACAAGAUAUAAACAUUAGUUCAAAUCAAGCGGAGAAUCUAGAACAAGCCUUGCAGAGAGACAGUACCAAGGAGGCCAUGAAAAUCAAGAUCGAAAUAGAGAUCGUGAACGAUCAUUCGAUCGAGGACGAGGUCGUGGCACACGAGGACGAGGACAAGGAAGAAGUUACCAUGAGGACAGAUCUCAGCCACAGUGUUACAAAUGUAAGAGAUACGGUCAUCUCAGCUACGAAUGUUGGGAGAAAUCAAAUCAAGUGGCAGAAAGAAGCAACUUUGUAG